AAGUGAAAAUACCUUUUGGAAACAAGUAUCUUGAUGCUAUCUUUUCUGUCCCAGAGAAGAAAUCAACAUAUGGAAUGAUUCUUACGCAUGGAGCUGGAGGAGAUAUGAAUUUCCCUCACUUAGUGUCUUUGGCAACCUGUCUUGCAUCCCAUGGAGUUCUGUGCCUGCGGUUUACUUGUAAAGGCCUUAACAUUGCGUAUAGGACUAAGGCCUUCAAAACAGUUGUGGAAUACUUAAAGCUUUCUGAUGACUAUAAACUUUCAGGUGUCUUCCUUGCAGGCCGUUCCAUGGGCUCACGAGCUGCUGCCUCUGUGAUACGUCAGCUUAGCCAGCAUGACGAUGACUUCAUUCAAGGUCUAGUAUGUUUAUCUUACCCAUUGCAUCGACCAAAACUUCAGUCCAAGCUCCGGGAUGAAGAUUUAUUAUUUAUCAGGUGUCCGGUGCUGUUUGUCUCAGGAUCAGCAGAUGACAUGUGUGAAAAACACUUGCUAGAAGGUGUGGCAAGCAAAAUGAAAGCCCCUAAAAAAAUCCACUGGAUUGAUAAAGCAAACCAUGGGAUGGCAGUCAAAGGACGAACAAUAGACGAUGUCAUGGAGGAAAUAAAUGCCCAAGUUUUUUCUUGGCUUAGAGAGCAUGUUGAACUGGAGCACAAAUGAUUUGCGGUGUUUAAGCAGUUUCUUCAUUUGGCUGUUCCUACCUGUGGCGAAUCAGAGCGUGUUAUUUCUCAGGCAUAUUUUUUAAAACAUAUUUUCAGAGGUGUAAGUGUAAAUGCAAAUAAAACUUUUUUGUAUGAAU